AUGCCUCCAAAGCGCAAUAGAGUGCAAGGUGGCAAUGCCAGGAGUCGAGCGUCUGCUGUGCCGCAAGGAGGUCCUCGGAGGAGAGCGAGGUCGGAGUCUGAGGGUGAGACAGACCAACCCGCCGCGACUCAAAUAAGAGUGGAGGAGCGGCGACCACAGUGGACCAUGAGCAGCAGAGUGGAGGAUAUUCUGCUGGAGGGAAGCACUAACAGGACCGAAAUGAAGCUGAACGAUUUCCUUCGGAGCAACUUGGGCGGCAGGGGCGUUGUGAGAAGAAAUGAGAACGUCGUUAUGGAGGCGUUUGUUCAGGAGCCGGAUGAUUACGUACAAGACCAGCAGCUUCUUAGAAGAAUUCUUAACUUAACUGCGUACCAGGUGUACAAGCUUCAUCACGAGGGUGUGUUCUCUCUCGAGCAAUGGAGGGAAUAUGAAGGAAAGGAUACGGUCACUCCACUUGCAAGGGGAAAACUAAACGCAGCCCUCACUCAGAUACAGAAAACAGAACGGCUUGAGGCAAUGGAAAGGCUAAGGCGGGAGGAAGAAGAAAGGCAAAGACGACUGCAAGAAAUGAAAUUUACCAUUUCCACCACGAUCGAAGAAGUACUGUUCAAAGGGGAAUUUCGCUACAAGGAAAUGAAGCUUAACGAUUUUCUUCUGCUGAGAUUUGGCGGCAGGGGCGUUGUGGCUACCAAUGAGUGUGUCUUGCUGGAGGAGUUUUUUAAGGAUCCGGCGAGGCAUAUCCACGAUGCGGGAGUAUUGGGCGAAAUACAGAUAACCGAUGCUUAUGCGAGGAUGGAGAGGGCUGUGAGGGAUGAAAUGGAUUUGGAAGAAGAUGUACACAGGCUUCAUGACGAGGGUGUGCUCUUUCUCGAGCAAUGGAGGGACUAUGAAGGAAAGGAUACGGUCACUCCACUUGCAAGGGGAAAACUAAACGGAGUUCUCACUCAGGUACUGAGAGAAGAAAGCCGUGAGGCAGGAGAAAGGGCAGCGCGGGAACACCGAGAAGGAUUUACCCUAACUACCACGAUCAGAAGUGUGCUAUCUAGAGGAAGGGUUCGCGUCAUGGACAUAAAGCUGAAUGAUUUUCUUACGAUGGAAUUGGACGGCAAAGGCAUUUUGCGCGCCAAUCGGGAUGUCUUACUGAAGGGUUUUUUCAAGGAUCCCACGAGGUAUAUCCCUGAUGCGGGAGUAUUGGGCGAAAUACAGAUAACCGAUGCUUAUUUGAGGAUGGUGGAGACUGUACGGGAGGAAAUGGAUGUCGAAGAAGCUGUACGCAAGCUUUACGAGAAAGGUGUGGACAAUCUACUUGGGUGGUCAAAAACUACUGAGGAGGUAAAAGCAGGUGUUUGCGACAACACUAAAAACUCAUUGGAUGCAGCCCUUCAUGAGGCGAGGAACCCAACGACGAAGAUUGUACCGAUAUACCUGGAGGGAUGCUACGACUCUGUGUACAAUGCGAGUUGGCAUCAUGUCGUGGAAGUUCCUGGCGGCGAGGGGACGGUAAUGGAUGUGAAGGAGGGGAAACCACCGCAGUCAUGGACGUACAAGGCGGUUGGCAAAACCUUCGAAAAGGAUGACGGUGUGGAGCAAUCCGGUGCACCGCGCCUCAGGCUGAUGGUGCUCACCUCGGACAAGAGAUGGCCGUACUCGUGGGGGUGGAAUAAGCUCAUUCGUGACUGCUAUGUGAACUGUGAGGUGGAGCGAGCGUGGCAGAUCGUCAAGGGCGAUCUCACCGAGUGGUUCAGCAGUCUUCCUGGGGCCGACUUUGAGCCUAAGCGGCACGUGUUGAUUGGGACGCCCGGGAUCGGGAAAUCGAUGGCUGCCGGCUCGUACCUCCUCUACCAGCUGCUGCACUACGAUGCGGAGCAGCUCCCAAUGGUUGCGUACGUUAUUGGGAGUCAAUCAUUCCUGUUUGACAAGACCACCAAAACGGUAUCAACAUACAGGGAUAACCCCAGGAUUGAGGAUGUUGUAAACAUUUUUUUUUUCCGUGGGGUUAAAGGGUAUUGUAUCUACGAUGCGACAUUGGCAUGUCGUCAACCGUCUGCUGGUUUGCCUUGCAAGGGAUGGGGCAUGAUUGUGGUGACACCACCAGACAAAAACGAAUAUGAACGGUGGAAAAAAAAAAUGGACGCUACUGCAAUCGUAACGAAUUGUCCCGAAGAAAACGAUGUGAGGGCAAUGUGCAUUUGGAUGAAGCGCAAUCGACCCCUGCAGGAGCAAGCGGAAUACUGGAAGGAGGUGAGGGGUCGCAUGAAUAACGUGGGACCAAUUCUCCGCUCCAUCUUUGAUAAACAGGCAUAUGAUGACCGCAUUAAAGCGUGUCAGCAAGCCGUGGAUGGGUCGACCGCUUUGGAAUUAGAGCGUAAUUUGGGUAUUGGCUGCUGUUAUUUGUCCAAUGACAAUGACUUGUCUCGAAAGCUUGUGAAGGUUGUCCGAGUACGACGAGGAAACAACAUUGAAUCGCCUCUGAAUUUGCUGGUAUCUCCCCACCUCGAACGUGAAACUUUGUCCAGGUUGGAGAAUGAAAUGAAGCAGUCCGAUUUUAUUUUUUUUGUUUUGAGGUUCUGGGAUUAUGUCCCACCAUAUCUUAUUGAAAAGUAUGCCGUAUCCGCAUUUUUGAAUAAGGAAUUCCUGCGUGCGAUAAGACCUAAAAUCAAGGAACUGAGGCCACCAGGACGACGUGAGCCACACAGCUGUGCGCUGAAAGAGCACUCAGACACGAGCUUCACCAGAAAAGAGGUUCUACCGCCACCGGAACGUCUUUCCAAUCCGGUUGCCAUGGACCACUGGGUGCUGUAUGAACCGGAGGUCCAACACUUUCCGCUGGUGGACGGCUUUUUCUUUGUGGACUCAAAUCCAAUGACGCUGGUUGGGCUGCGGAUGACUACGGCGGGUGAGCACCGCACCACAACCAGCACUGUGAGGCAGUUCACUGAGUGCCUGGCGGCAUAUUUUAAUGGUUGGGAGGAGUUAUCCCGAGACAUGUCGUGGGAGAUUAUUAAUGUGCAGCACGCAGACAACAUGCCGAUGACUGACUGGCGGAGAUGUGAUGUUGUCGAUUCCGAUAAUGUGAGCCGUGCUGAAAACCGAGAGAUUGCGGCGUUCUGGGAGGAAGAGGUGCGCCAGUACAUAGCAGCAAUAUCAUCCAGAGACUUUUGA